AUGGAAUGUGAGUUUAUGUGUGAUGAUGGUGUUUCUCGCAAACUUAACAUCACCGCUGAGGCAACGGCUCCAUUUGGCUGCGUUUACCAGAGCCGACUGCAGACCCCAAAGGGUGAGGGGGUUGUCCUAGGUGUAUAUGCGGGAAAAUUAUAUGCCCUCCUUGAUGAUAAUGUAUCGGCGUUAGUAGCUACAGCGUUUACUAAAAAAGACUUUGAUGAUGGUAACGUGAUGAUACUUCCGGAUGUUAUUCCUGUGGUGGAUCGUUUUGCUUCCCAUCGUGUCAAGCAUGACGUAUUUUGUGGACGCAGUGUCUGUAUCGUAACACAAGAUCAUAACGGUCCGUGCCCAGUGAUAGCGGCAGCUAAUGCCCUCGCUCUAUUGGGACGUGUUGAUAUUUGCCCAAGUGAAACCCGAUGGAUUGAAUCUGAACAACUACGUCACAUUAUCCUUACAUACAUCACAUCAAAUAAGCCAGAGGUACCGAAGAUUAUGUGUCCCACAACUCGAGUUGUGGGUGGAACUGAAGUAGCGACAAUAGCAGUUCUUUUGCAGGAACGACUUGAUGAAGUUAGGGCAAAGUUGUCUAAGGGAAAUGAGGGAAAAGAAUUUUUAGAACGUCUUUAUCAUGGAAUGAAUAUUAGUCCUAUAUUUUCUUCUAUAGAUGGUUUUGAUGCCGAAGAAGACGUACUUUUAUUCGCACUUGCAGGGUUACGACUUGUUCAUGGUUGGUUGAUUCCACCAGAUAGUAAAUAUGCUGCACUACGUGAAAUGUCUUUUAAUGAGGUUAGUCUUCUUGCUAUUAACAAAGAAAAUGAAUUAUCAUCUAUUGCAAAUGAAUUUCUUGAGAAUACAAAGUCUCAGUUAACAGAGGAAGGACUCAAAGCACUUCAAGAAAACCUUUCUGAAGAAGAAGUUGUAGUUCUCUUUUGGAACAAUCACUUUUCAACUGCUGUAAAACUUGGUGGAAGAUUUUUACUAUUGUUAUCAGAUGAAACCUACGCAGAUAAGUCUUCCAUAUUUUUUGAGGCAAUUGAGGAUGUUCAUGGUGCAGCUACUUUUACAGAUGGUAAUGGCGUUAAUACUGAUGUUUUUCUUUUGGCCGUUCAAUCUCGUACAGGGAACGAAUUUACUACAGAAGCGGUUACCGCUGCUCGGGCUAAAUUGAAUGAAAGAGAUGGUGUUGACCCGAGUCCAGAUGAGGUUGUUUGUUUCCUACGAGAUGGAAAAGAAAAAGGAAAAAGUGAAAUUAAUAACUCUAAUGAGAAGGAUAAAUGGCCGUCUUGGGUUAUUGAGGGCGCAACUGUGAUUUCAGAAAUGGGUUUUGACAUAUCGUUUACCGAUGCAUGUGAGCUUCUUCAGAAACGUGGAAGUGUGAGUGCUGCGGUGAACAGCCUUUGUUAA